GAAUAUUUGGUAGAAUAUUUGGUAGAAUAUUUGGAGAUAUUUGUGUAUAUAUUGUUUUGGUAGUUUUCCUUGUAUAGGGAUUCUUUCCUUUUCCUUUACUUAUUAGGAGUCUCAACUUGUGAGAUCCUAUAUAUAUGUAUUCAUUGUAAAUUGUAAAGACAAGAGAGAAAUACAGAGAAUUUCAUCCCAAACAAUUCUUUCAUUGUAUCAGAGCCAAAACCCUAGAGAUUUUCAGCGACUACUGUUCACGAUCGCCCGGCAUGGCGUCCAUCGAUCGUUGCUCAGUUUCAGUCGUUUGUUGUUGUUGCCGGACAACGGAACGGUCGACCGUUGCUCUUGAACGGUCGAGCACGUCGACUGUCUCGUCGGCAGAUUGUGUGAUAGAUGCUGCUGUUGAUUCUUCCGCCACCGCCGUACGCCACUCUGCUACCGCCAUGGCCGAUGAACAACCAAAGAAGAUGUUUUUCUCCCUAUCAUCGUGUGUUUCUAGCAUGAAGCUUUCAGGUGCAUCUAUUGAUACAGGAAGUACAAAUGAGGUUAGCUCUUAUGAUGAAGAUGAAGAAAUGCGGACGGAAGAGAAGAUGGACCGUUCUAGGAGGGACGGUGGACCAGAGGAAAGCGGUGGAGCAGACAAGCUACAGACGGUCGACCUGAUGGACCGUUUGGAUGUCCACGGUCGACCGUCCGAGAGGCAGAAUGACGAGUUCCUGAGAGAUGACCAAACGGUCGACCUGGUGGACCGUUCUGAUAUCCACGGUCGACCGUCCGCGAGGCAAAAUGACGUUUCUUUGGGAGAUGAUCAAACGGUCGACCGUGAAGUGGAAGACGGUCGACCGUCUCCGAGGCAGAAAGUUAGCGAUCCGGAACAGCUUCAGACGGUUAACCCCGUGGACCGUUCCACGGACGGCGGUCGACCGUCCUCUUCCCAGCAGGCGGUGGAGAACUUGGGACGUGGUCAACGUGAGAAACGUCUAAAUGUACGCCUGGCCGAUUAUGUUACCCAUGUAGCUGGUUCACAUGUUGGUAAAAAAUGCAAAUAUCCUCUUGCCUCGACACUCUACUUCAGCAAAAAUGAUGGGAAGGGUGGUGAAGUGACGCGGAAAGGAAAAGGAGGGUAAAAUCAGGAUAGAAAGAAACAAUGUGACAAGAAAGGUUCUAGUUGGGG